AUGAUCAGGAUGGUGAUCUUGCCACUUUCGGUCGUACUCCUCACUGGUUCAGUUUACAUACAUGCUGUCCAAAGUCCGAAAGAGGACGCAGACAAGUGCAGUCCGGGACUUGGAGAGUAUAUCACAAGGGUAUGCUCUAGCUCUGGCACCACGUUGACUGGAUUUUCUGACUGCUCAUAUACAUGUGAAGGAAAAAACAUUAACGGUCAAACUUCCUGGACUAAGCGUAAUUUGCCCGACGGCUUGCCUUGUGGAAGAUGUGGGGAAUGCUGCGGCGGAAGAUGCACGCGUGUCCAGUUCAAUUUUGCUAACCCGUUAACUCUGAAAUCAUGCGCUAAAUAA